AUGGACGCAGACUUCCCAGACCCAACAGAUUGGAUCCAAACUCCGGUACCAGGUCUCCAAGCUCUCGAAACUUCACUCCGGUGCCAGGUCUGCAAGGAGCUCUUCACAGCACCAAAAGUUACCAGCUGUGGUCAUACUUUCUGUUCGCUAUGCAUCCGAAGAUGUCUAUCAGCUUCCUCGAAAUGCCCCACUUGCAUGAAGCCGGACGAAGAGCCUCGGUUACGAGAUAAUAUUGUUGUCUCGGAGUUGGUUAGCUCUUUCAAUACCAUACGAAAAUCACUAUUGGAUACUCUGGUUGCGAAGGAAGAAGCUCGAAAACAAGCUGAGGAAGAAGCUGAACGAGAUUCUAGGACCAGACCGAAGGCUGAGAAAAGGAGUUCUUAUGACCUCGAUGACGAUGAGGUAAUGGAAGAUGCUGAGCCAGUGCAUCGACCUCAGGCAAAGAAGAGGAGGCGACAAGACACGACCACAUUAAGAAAGCCACAGGAAACAGAACCACCUCGAAGGAGUACUCGAACAUCAUCACAACGAACAAAUUCGAGGGCAGGAUCUUCUCAGGUUAUUGCCAUCCCGGACAGCGACGACGACGAUGAUGAUUUCCAGCCAAUUGAGGAAUCAUCGGAAAGCGAAUUCCAGUCAAGCAGCCGGGCGAAGCGGAAAUCUGCAUCUCGAGCCCCAGAUACACCGACGAAGGACUCUGAUCUAUUUGCUUGUCCGCUCUGUAAUCGGCGGAAAGACCAAUCAACGAUAAAUCCUCAUGUAAAUCGGUGUAUUGAAGGAAAUAGGUCACCGUCGCCGACACCCGGCCCAGCCAACGGCGCAUCAUCAGCUGGGACGCCUCUGAGGCGUCAACCUGCAACAUUUUCUAACCUAUCGAGGUCGCAACAUCGGGCACCCUAUACCGUAGAAGAAAGGGAAAAACUCCGCUUGCCAAAGGGGAAUGCCAGUUUAGCGAAGGAGGCAGACAUCAGAAAAAAGCUUCGCGAUCAUGGAAUCCGUUGUGAUGUGAAGGGAAAAGAGACCAAGCAAAUCUUGUGGACGAGGCUGCAGGAGUGGACCAACCUCUGGAACGCAAAUCUUGAUUCUGACAACCCUAAGCUUAAACAUGUUUUGAUUAAAGAGCUGGAGGCCUAUGAACGGAGUCAGGCAACCCAGAAGCACAGUGUGGUGCAGGAUAAGGAUUUCGAGCGAGAGGCUUGGAGCAACACCCACAAACCCGGAUUUGACGCCCUCAUAGCGAAUGCAAGAAAUACUGUCUCGCGGAAAAAGGAGAAUGGAACAGAGACAAGUGAAACAUCGGACUCAGCGGCGGGAGCAAAGGCUGAAUUAAAUGGCAUGGAUUCACCCGAGGUAGUUGAGGUUUAG